AAGCAGAAGAAGAGGGAACGGUCUUGUUUUUGUCAGCUGCCACACGCAGCACUCCUGAUGCGAAAAUGCGCAUCGAAAAGUGUUAUUUUUGCUCGGGACCAGUGUACCCCGGACAUGGGGUGAUGUUUGUACGGAACGACUGUAAGACAUUCAGAUUCUGCAAAUCAAAAUGCCACAAGAACUUCAAGAAGAAGCGCAACCCAAGAAAAACAAGAUGGACCAAAGCAUUCAGAAAGGCAUCAGGAAAGGAGCUGACAGUGGAUAACUCUUUGGAGUUUGAGAAACGCAGAAAUAUUCCUGUCAAAUAUAACAGGGAGCUUUGGGAUAAGACAGUGGAAGCAAUGAAGAAAGUGAACGAAAUAAAACAUAAACGACAGGCAAGAUUUAUCAUGAACAGAUUAAAGAAGGGCAAAGAGUUGGAGAAAGAAGAGGCCAUCAGCGAAGUCAAGAAAAACAUUCACCUCAUCAAAGCACCACAUGCAGGAAAAGCCAAACAGUUGGAAGACAAAAUGGUGCAGAAGUUGCAAGAAGAUGUGGAUAUGCGGGAGGAGGAUGAAUAAUCUUCUGUUGCCUUUUUUUUUUACGUUUUUUUUUUUCUCCUAAAACUUUAUUGUAUAUUUGUUUGGAAAUUUAAGUUUGCAAAUAGCAGUUGUUGUGCUGAGUAAAGCAUUUGGCUUUAAAUUGCUGUGAAAGAUUUGAAGGUAUUGACUUCAUAAAGGCCUUAGUGCAAAGCAGCAGCCAUUAACUGCAGUUUUCCCAGUUGCUCUGUUUUGGUUUUCACUGUGUGGUAUUUGGAGCAGUGAAGAAAUGGAUUUAACCCUGUUGCAAAGUCUAAUGUAUUACAGUUGUUCUGAAAAUAUUAAGAUUGCCGAUAUAUUAAAAACCAUCUUUUCUGGAA